AUGUUUAACACCAAGCCUGUCAAAACUCCUGGGGUUGUUAGACAAAAUUUAUCUAAAUUUGAUGGUGAGCCUAUGGAAGAUCCUUUUGGUUAUCGCAGUGUAGUGGGAGCUCUACAAUAUCUCACAAUUACUCGACCUGACAUCGCCUUCGCUGUUAAUAAAGCAUGUCAGUUUAUGCAACAACCAACUUCAGCACAUUGGCUCUCUGUCAAACGCAUUCUUCGAUACCUACAUGGAACUAUGCAUGAUGGCUUACUCAUAAGUUCCUCAAAUCAGUUGACAAUUGAAGGGUUCACCGAUGCUGAUUGGGGAGCUCAACCUGAUGAUCGGGGAAGUGCCAGUGGCUACCUCAUUUAUCUAGGGGGUAAUCUAAUUUCUUGGUCCUCUACCAAGCAAAAAUUAGUCUCUCGCAGCAGUGCCGAAUCAGAGUAUAGGGGACUUGUUCUGGCUACUGCAGAAAUUAUUUGGAUUCAAGCCUUGAUGCACGAACUAUGUGUUCCUACCCCUGUUGUCCCUAUACUCUGGUAUGACAACAUUAGUGCCUAUCAUAUGGCCAAACAUUCUAUGUUUCACGCACGAACAAAACACAUAGAAAUUGAUCUACACUUCAUUCGUGAUUAG